ACUAUACCAGAACUUGUUUAGAAACCAAAAUUUAGUUUGGCUGUGAUACAAAGUGAUUGACAAAAUAUUUAUAAUAGCCCUCAAUUCACAUCAACGAAAGUACUUAGUUUGUGAAUAUGAGUAAACAUUUUUCUUUUAUCGUAUUUGAUUGAAGAUAACUUAGUAAUAAAGGACUUCCGCUUAGAGCGCUAAACGCCAGUCGUAAAGAACCUAAGUGUAUUGUCUUUAAAUAUCUGAGAAUUUUAAUGUGUGGGAUUGUAAUGUUUUGACUUUUUGAGUUACUCAAAGUUACCAUAGGAAUGUAUUUUAGUAUCUAAAGUUAUUCUAUUCAGUUAUUUACAGUGUUGUGAUGUUAAAAUGCAGAAUUAGGGUGAUUUACUAUGAAGGAGAAGUAUGUGAGGCAAUUAUUGUGUGAAUAACCUGUUAGAGGUGUAGUUGAUUCGUGAUUUUGAGUAGUGUUUGUUGGACAAGUAAUACCAUGGCACCUAUACCACUCGAGGGUAAUCAGACACCAUUAGCGAAUAGUGUUCCACAGGAAGGGAACCGAGGAGGUUCUAUAUCUCUUGCAAUGCUAAUAGACUUCAUAAUCCAACGAACAUACCAUGAGCUGACAGUUCUAGCUGAUUUGCUUCCACGUAAAACAGACAUGGAACGUAAGAUAGAAAUUUACAACUAUGCUGCUAGAACUCGCCAGUUGUUUGUGAGACUUCUGGCACUUGUAAAAUGGGCCAACAGUGCAUCAAAAGUUGACAAAUCAGCUCACAUCAUGGCCUUCCUCGACAAGCAGUCCCUGCUGUUUGUCGACACCGCGGACAUGUUGGCGCGCAUGGCCCGGGAAACACUCGUCCACGCCAGGCUGCCGAACUUCCACAUCCCGGCGGCAGUGGAAGUCCUGACGACCGGGACGUACUCGCGCCUGCCGGCUUGCAUCCGGGAGCGCAUAGUGCCUCCAGAUCCAAUUACACCAAGCGAGCGGAGAUCCACGCUGCUUCGCCUCAACCAAGUAAUUCAGCAUCGUUUGGUGACAGGAAACCUCUUACCUCAGAUGAGGAAUCUUAAGAUCGAAGCCGGCCGUGUGACGUUCACUGUGCAGCAUGAGUUUGAAGUGUCGUUGACGGUGAUGGGCGACGGCCCCAACAUCCCGUGGCGACUUCUGGACAUAGACAUUCUCGUGCAGGACAAGGAGACUGGAGACGGCAAGGCCCUAGUGCACAGCCUGCAGGUGCAGUACAUCCACCAGGUGGUCCAGUCCAGGCUGGUGGACAAUCCCAACCCUCUGGCCGAGGUCUACAACUGCCUCCACUACUUCUGCCAGAGCCUGCAGCUCGAGGUCUUGUACUCGCAAACACUGCGGCUGUGCAGAGACAGGCUUGAUGAUCACAUACAUGUGGACGAGUACACUCCCGGGAAAUGCCUGUCAAUAUCCUACUGGAGGGAAUUGACGUCCAAGGAUCCGCGGUCAGAACUAGGAUACCGCCUUGCUGUUCAAGUGGACCAGAACGACCCGGCGAAACCACUCACAAUUGUUCAUGUUCCUUCUUUGGGGAGCAAGGAGAGCGAGAUUGCGGAUCGAGCCAUCAGGUCAGAGCUGCUCUCCAUGGAACGACUUCUCGUGCACACGAUCUACGUGCGCACCCGCAGUCGCCUGUCGGAGCUCAAGCAGGAGUUGCAGAGCAUGCUGAAGGACGUGGAGUGCAGCCUGCAGGGCUCGCCGGCGAUCCUGUCGGCGCCCGUGCUGCAGCCGUGCCUGCGGGCGGAGCAGCUGCUGGUGACGGUGGACACCCACGCGGGGGUGUUCCAGUGCCACGUGCCCCAGUACGAGGCCCCGCUGGCGCCGGAGCUGCAGGCCGCCCUCAACGGCGACCACUCCCGCCUGCCCGUGCUGGUGUCCGAGCUCCGGUACUGGAUAACCCAGCGCAGAUGCGAGAAGACGCUGCAGCACCUCCCAGCGACGCCCCACGAGAGACUCCCUCUCCUGCACCACCCGGACCACCCCAUGUCCAAGAUCGGCCGCCACCGCAUGUGUGUCCGCCUGCAUCGCCACCCCAACGUCAUACUGAUUGUUGAAUUCAAGGAGAAAGAGAGCACACCUUGUGAGAUAGAGUGUGCAUUUUACUUGGCAGUCGUGAAGCACUCGUCAAUUGAAGACAACCCUCAUGACGACACAAUUGAAACAGAGAUACCCAAGAUGUAUCUGAAGGUCCUCACGCUCAUUGAAUUUGAUUCUUUUGUCAUCACCCAUGGGCCCUUCACGAGUGUAGAUGCUUGUGUGUGUCCAGAGCAAAACGACAAGCCGGCCCCGGUGAAGCGCAAGAACAGCGGCAAGCAAGAGCCGGCCGGGCGCCGCAGCAAGCACCCGGCCUACUUCAUACCGGAGCUGGCCCACGUGGUGGCCAUGUGUGACGAGAGGCUGCCGUUCGUGGUUCUGGCUCAGGAGCUGAACCGACGGGAGAUCGCCCACCAGGGCCUGCAGGUGGAGGCCAACGCCACCUCGCUGAUGCUGCGGCUGGUGGAGAUGCCCCCGCCGCCCGGCAGCAAAGGCCUCCCGCGACGCCCCUGCUGGCAGCGCCUGCUGAAGCGCCUGCUCUCCGUCACCGUCAGGGUGCACGGCAAGGCCGCCAAGGAGUGGAUGGCCGAGUUCGUGUUCUACGGCAGCCCGCUGGCCAGCGCGCACCCCAAGGAACAAGGCCUCCGGCGACCUGUUUACUUCCAGUACGAUAUGGAAACUGCAGAUGGAGUGUCAAAAACGGUUGAUGCAUUGCUGAGCGACUGGGCCCAAAUAGUCCACUUGUACAUGGUGGUGGAAGACCUUUCUGAGUACUUGAGGCUUGACACGAGCAACCUCGCGAACAUUGUGACGGUCAGGUCGUACAGCUACAGCCGCCUGGUGCUGGGCUACGGGCCCGAGCGGGCGGCCACCGUCACCGUGCACUGGAGCAGCGGCGACAAGGCCUUCAAGCUGGUGUUCGGUGCAGUUGGUAACUGCAUCAAUGCGCACAUGCUGAUGCGAGAGCAGCUGGAGGCCCACUUGAACCGGUACCGGGAUCUGGGCCAGAUAGUGUCCCUGCUACACGAGACGUACGAGCCCAUGUUGUCUAUAAGCAAGCUGCCUGCCAUUCCACAGCUCGGAGUUCACAAUCUUCGGCCGCAGGUUCCGGUGCAGGCGUUCACAGUGAUGCCGCAGUGCCCCACGCUGCUGCGGCUGGCCUACCAGGGCAUGUACUGCCUGGAGCUGAGGCUGAGGGGCGGCGGGCUGGUCACCCUCCGCGACGGAGCCUACAGCCGCUUCGACCGCAGCAACGUCGUCGACGAGUUCACGCCCACCCAGGGGCUCAAGGCUUUCCUGUCGAAGUACGUGGACGAGAACGCAGUGUUCCGACGUCGAUCUCAGUCUGAGGACGACAACCCACCCUCGCCUGUCAUGAUGGACGCAGACGGGAGCAGCUCCAUGUCCUUCCUGGGGUCCCACCGGCCGGGCCCCCAGUCGCCGGCCCAGCAGCGCGAGGGAGGGCUCCGGUUCCAGACGCCGUUGACGCCGCCCCUGGGCAGCAACCCCCACACCCCGGCCAGUCCCCACCCGGCCAUCGCACAGACCAGCCAGCAGCACCAAAGCUUCGGCUCGAGCCCGCUGACGUCGUCGUUCAACCUGGCCUCCCCGCCGUCGCUGCCGCCCAACAUCAACCCCUCCCCCUCCAUGCUGCCGCACCCCUCCCCCAGCAGCCUGCUGGCCAACUCCCCUUCCAACCCCCUGCAGCACGUGGCCAGCCCCGCGGGGCUCAUGCCGACGUCCUCGCCUGGCCCCGCCAUACAGGUGGGCCACUCGCCGGCUGGCGCCAUCAUGUCCUCUUCCGUUCACAUGGACGGCAGCCCAUUCCCGUCAUCGCAGAGCAUGACGUCUCCUGCCGCGUCCAAUUGGCCGGGCUCCCCCAACAUGCCGCGGCCGUCGCCGGCGCGGCCGGGCCAGUCCCCGGGAGGCACGGGCCACCCCUCCAUGCACAGCCCUCAGACUGACCUGCGCACCGGCAUGAGCCACUUGUCUCGCGUGCUGCCCCAGCGCUCGUGGGCCGGCGCCGUGCCGACCCUGCUCACGCACGAGGCCCUCGACCUGCUCUGCUCCCCCUCCCCCCACCCUCAGGGCCUUCCCGGUCCCGAGCUGUCCCCCCUCGAGCGGUUCCUGGGCUGCGUGUACAUGCGCCGGCAGCUGCAACGCCACAUACAGUCCGAGGAGAGCCAGAUGGGCAUCCCCAACACGGAGCCCGGGGUGGUGCACUUCAAGGGCGAGAGCCUGCAGUGCCGUGUGGGGUUGAACCCCCAGCACCUCCAGUCCCUGCACAUCAAGGUCACGCCGCUGCCCGACUCCAAGUGCGAGUGGACUCCCGAGGAGAUGCAGGUAAUUGAGAAAUUCUUCGAUACUCGAGCUGCAGCACCUCCGUACAAACCCAUCAACUUGUCGAGCUUCUGCAGGAUGUUGAACGUUCAAGCAAACGUGCUGAAGGACUUCGUUCAGAUCAUGAAGCUGGAGCUGAUGCCUGCCCUGGUGCAACAGCAGCAGUUGAAGUGGGCGGUGCAGUGGUGCCUGAGAAUUCCGCCCUCCGCAACGCCCAUCGCUCCAGUGGGCCACGCAGCUGUCCUCAUAUGUCGCAACAAGAUCCUUUUCUUUCUGCAGAUAACCCGCGUGGGCCUGCAGUACCCGCCCAGCAUGGACCCCCCGUCGCUGGUGCUCCCUCUGGUGUACGACAUGAGCACCAACCUGACCCAGCUGGCGGAGAAGCGCGACCCGCAGCCGUCGGCGACGACGGCCGCGAGCGUGCAGCUCAAGCGCUUCGCAGAGGUGGGCGCCAGCCACCUGGAGUGCUCGCUGUUCCCGGCUGUGCGCGACCUGCUCGCCAACCUCACGCUCCCGUCCGAACCGCCGUCGCAGAUGGUGCAGUCUCCCGCCCCACAGGCCAUGCAGCCCUCGCCGGCCAUGCAGAUGCACUCCCCCAUGCAGCCGGGCGGGGUGUGUCUCCCGCAGGGGCAGCCGGGCGGGGUGGGGCCGCCCCAGCAGCCCGGGGGCCCGCCCCAGGCCCAGUACUCCCACCUGGCCAUGGGGCAGCACCCUCUGAUGGGCCCGGGACGCGUUGACAACAUGUGACACUACCCUUAGAGGGGCACCGGCAGGCAGGGCGCCAGUGACCAGAACAACCAUACUACUGAACAUUGUGAGGCAGUAGACAUUUCAUUUGUCAUAUUUCUGGCUCUGCAAACCAAACCUGAGAUCACAGACAGUGAACUAAGGAAUGUAAAUAAAUGUCAAGUGAAUGCAAGUUUUUUUUUUUAUACUAUCCAUAUCAAGUAUACAGAUAGCAAAUAUCGUGAGUUUCUCAUGAUGUAAGAUUUAAAGAAGUAUGUAAAUUUUUGUAUGAAUAUAAAUUUAAGUUAUGUGUGUAUUAGGAAAAAUAUGCAUGUGAAUAUAUAAGAUAUUUAAUCAUGUGA